ACUGAGCUUUGUGGCCUUCCUUAAGUGUCUUUGGUGUGCGAGUGUUGUGUUUUCUUUCAAGUAGUCUGGCUUCCGCUGCCGUUUUGUCUUAUCGGUCAACAAGGUCUAGCUAUUCAGUUCCAACCUUAGCGCUUGCAUUGCAGCGGAAUUGUCCGAAUCAUAUUGUCAUUAAUCCCGUCGUCCGGUCUUUUUCGUCUGGUGGAAAGAGGGUGGCUCAAGGGGCUCUUGACACCAUCGGCGGCCGUUUCUAUCCCAUUUGGGUGUUGUCCAAAGUGCCUAAAGCUUGAAGUGGAAUACUUAGGGUCUGGGGUUCCCACAAGAUUUCUGAAUUGGCUUCCGCCGUCACCCCUGCAAUAGUUGACUUGGACGUCCCCCGACAAUUUGAAACGCGUCAACGAUGCCCCCAAUGACUUCUGCUGUGUCCAGAGGCUGUAUAUUACCAACCAUGCUCCGCAUUCCUGCAUCUAAUGUCUCAGCUCGUGCAGGGAAUGUUCAUGCAACGCGACUACGUGCGACCAGCACGGCUCCGGCCCCCCGAUAUUCUCCCUCACCUACUCCUGUAUCUCCCGACACAAUGCCCCGUGUAGAUCCAGCUAGGAUGAUUGCUUCCGAACUGACAUACAUCCGGGAAACUCUUGUGAAUUUGUUGGGGUCGUCACAUCCAGCAUUGACCGAAAUUGCGGACUAUUACUUCCACCUGUCCGGGAAGCAGCUACGCCCGCAAUUAGUUCUACUGUUUUCCUGUGCAACGAAUGGCCUAGCAUCUGGAUUUAAUGAGCGAGCCCUCUCCCCUCUGAAUAUCCAAACUGGCCCAAAACGAUUUGGAUUGGACAUGGCAUUAAGCAGUCCGUUCGUUCUCAACGACUGGAACCCAAGAAUGCCAGAUUUUACAUCAUCUUUCGUGGGACCGUUUGAUGUCCACGACCGCACAUCUCGAUCCCAUAAUCCUCCAACCCAAACAAGUCUUUCCACAUUGUCUCGACCUUCCCCGGACACUAUCUUGCAUGCACCUCCAUCUGCCACAAUUCUCCCUACUCAACUUCGCCUUGCUCAAAUAACAGAGAUGAUCCACGUUGCUUCAUUAUUACACGAUGACGUACUUGAUCACGCCUCAACACGGCGAUCGGCCCCAAGUGCUCCUUCUGCCUUCGGAAAUAAAUUAUCCGUCCUUGGUGGCGAUUUUCUUUUCGGGCGUGCUAGCACUGCACUGGCACGGCUGGGAGACAAUGAAGUUGUCGAGCUUGUCGCUUCUGUCAUGUCAAAUCUCGUUGAGGGAGAAGUGAUGCAAAUGAUAGACAACCAGAAGAAUUCCAAUGGAAAAUCACUGAAGGACGAUUCAUCCCAAUCCAUUCCUGCGGCACCGACCCAGGAUACAUGGACCCAAUACAUUUGCAAAUCGUACUUCAAGACUGCCAGCCUGAUGGCGAAGUCGGUUCGUGCAAGUGUCGUCCUCGGAGGUGCCCAAUUAGGAGACGAACAAGAUGAGGCUCUGAAGGAUGUGGCUUAUGCCUACGGGAGAAACUUAGGGAUCGCAUUCCAGCUUAUCGAUGACGCAUUAGACUUUUCUUCAUCAACUGAGAUAGGAAAACCUGGGAACGGAGCAGAUCUAAAGCUUGGGCUGGCCACUGCACCUGUGCUGUUCGCAUGGGAGGAGCACCCCCAGAUGGGAGCAUUAGUUGUUCGACGGUUCGAACAGGAAGGAGAUGUCGAACUGGCUCGAGAGUUGGUUCACAGGUCAAAUGCACUGGCACGCACACAUCAAUUGGCGAAGGAUUAUGCUUCCAAGGCUUUGGAAGCUCUAAAUUUGCUACCGUGGACGGAGGCUCGAGAUGCCCUAGUAUCAUUAGCCGGGAAGGCGGUGGAUCGAGCAAAGUGAUCAUGAUGUCAAUGUAAUAUUUGCCCUCACUCAUGUACAGAAGACUACGGCGCGCACAUACAUGUCUAGAUAUAAUACACACAUUCCUGAAUAUCAUGAUUUUGGAGGCGUCCC